AUGGCCUCCAUCUUCACCUUCGAUCCUGACCCGCCCCGCGUUUCGUCGCCGUGGGCAACGACUUCUGUCGGCGACUCGACGGAACCGCCACACCCCAACCAAAAGACCAAGUCCCCUCUUUCAAGACUUGGCACCGACAGCGAACGGCGAAGGCCAUACAACAAGCCUCUGGCAGAUACGGUGGAUUAUACAAAUAUAAUAAGAUUGGAGGCAGAGCCUCAGGAUGGGCCCACAGAAUACAAACUGCAUCUGCUUUUGCGGAGGCGGCGAUCGUUCACUCGAGCCACUACUGGCCGGUAUAUAUCGGGGUCUAUGCGUCGGAGUGACAUUCCCAUACCAGUUCCUGCGGGUCGUAGCGUAUCGGAGUCUGGCCUUUCCAACACUCCUCCGCCACUGGCGUCAACGCAGUCAAAGCAGCAUCGCCUUGAGCAGUUGACUACGCAGUUGCUAUGGCGCUUGCAGCAAUCAUGCCCUUAUCACAUAUCUUCUUCGACAGCCCCGGUAAUUCCCCAUCUUCCCGAGGAUGCGCGUCUCUCAACCGCAGAGAUGCCCCAGCGACUUCUCCCUGGCCUGGAGGAGAGCAAGGGUGCACUCUAUGAAAUUGGUGUGGCUGAUGAUGGAACCAUUGUUGGCUUAGCAGAAGAUGAAAUGGAAGAGAGUCUCAACAACUUGCGCGCCAUGGCUGCGAGCUUGGGCUGCGGAGUUGAAGUCUUGCGCCGAGUUCCAGUAGGUGAAUGUGAGUGGGUUGAAGAUGCAGGCACUGUCCAUCAGCGGAUACAAAAAUCGCAAUUGCUGGUCGCCGAAGCCCUAGUGCGCCCGGAGCAAUAUCUGGUAGACUACACGAAACAGGGCCAGAAAGAAAACGGCAAGAAUGGGUUAGAUUCCACAGACGGCGGCGCAGCACUAGCUAGAGAGUCGCGGGCGACGAGUGAGCAGAUGCGAGUGUCAGUCACUGGCGCUACAAUGUCUGGAAAAUCGACUCUACUUGGAACACUUUCUACCGCCACUUUGGACAAUGGCCGCGGGAAGAGUCGUCUGAGUUUGCUGAAACACAGGCAUGAGAUUGCAUCGGGCAUGACUAGUUCUGUUACGCAAGAACUGAUUGGAUAUUGCGAUGUGGAUAACCAUACCCAAGUGAUUAGUUAUGGGUCGGGCGAUAUCUCAUCGUGGAUCGACAUUCACGCAGCAGUCGAGUCUGUGAAUAGUGGCAGGCUUGUGUUCCUUUCGGAUUCUGCAGGCCAUCCACGGUUCAGGCGCACCACUGUUCGUGGUAUUGUUGGUUGGCAACCACACUGGACGAUUCUAUGCGUCCCAGCAGACAACACGGAAGAUUCUUCGGGUAAGCUCGGAGCAUCACCUACCUCUGAAGAAUUGCUUGGGCCUGCAGCAGCAGACCUCGACCUUUCGCACGCGCAUUUGGAGCUUUGUCUUGCUUUGGAGCUCCCGCUUGUCAUUGUCAUUACCAAGUACGAUCUUGCUACCAAGAAUGGCCUGAAAAGUACCCUGGUAAAACUCUUCGCAGCUCUGAGAGAGCACGGCAGGAAGCCUUGUCUCAUCACGGAUGCUUCAACAUCUGUGCUGGAAGCCGAUUUGCAUACAGUGGAGGCAGCUGAUCUUGAGGAAACUGAAAAGACCAUUUGCCUGUUGAGAGACUCGCCGCUUGCAGCUGUACCUGUAGUACUCACCAGUGCGGUCAAAGGAACAGGCAUUCAGAAACUUCAUGCGUUCCUGCGAAGACUCCCUAUGCCACAGCAGCCCGAGCUACCACCACCCGAGUCACCAUCGCCGCUCUUCUACAUUGAAGAUGUCUACAGCGUCAGCAUGAGCAACUCGGACGAGCAAUCCGCAAUCAUCGGCGGCUAUAUUCGCUACGGCUCCCUGUCCAUUGGAGACGAGCUCUUGCUGGGCCCAUAUCCCGCCGAUGUGAGUUCCGACGACAGUGACAGCGGCAGCGCUCGAUCCAGCCGGAAAGCCGCGAUACCGCAAUCACGCUCGUUCCCGGGCGCGCUCAAUCCCAAAUCCAAGAAUGCCGUGCUGCGCGAGAGCCACAGCGAGUGGCGCAGAGUCCGCAUCACCUCGCUCCGCAAUCUGCGCCUGCCGGUGCACGCGCUGCUAGCUGGCCAGGUGGGCACCAUGAGCAUCGUGCCCGUGCAUUCGUCCAUGGCUGCCGCAUCCAUCAAUCGCAUCAGGAAGGGCAUGGUACUCGCAGCUCGGGAGCCAAAGGCCCACAAAGUCAUCACGGUGCGGUUUGAAGACAAACAAGCCCACUGCGCCAAGGACCUGGGUGUCGGCAGCGCAGUCGUCGUGUACAUAGCCAGCGUUAGGGCGUCUGCAAAAGUCGUUUCUGUGGCUGCGGUUCGUUCCAACAGCUCGGCUUCCCCGCCAGACCAAGCAAAGCACAGCGGUGACGACGAAGACGAUGGCUUUGGAUUCGGCUUCGACACCGAGCCAGAUGACCACUCGUUGCAAGAUACCCUGGAAACGGGGCCUCCUUCUGUCAUGGUCACCUUCCAGUUCAUCGCUGCACGCGAGUUUGUCGAGGUCGGGGCGAAAGUCCUCGUUAUGCCUGGCGGCGGGCCGGGCCUGCUAGGUGGCAAUGAGAGGGGCGCAAAGGGUAUGGCUGGGCUAGAGGGCUUUGUUGGGCGUGUUGUGGAAGAUUCGUAGCAGCGUUCUUUUUUUUUCUGUCUGGAAUACGCGAUGUGUUAUUGUUUUCGUUCUAGUUUGAUAGUAUAGGGUACUUGUUAUUUAUCUUAGUCUACGAGUUGAUUGUGUUUUUCUUUUCAUCUUCUCGUGUACCUACGGAUCG